AUGAAUGAGUGUAACUAUGAGGUCAUUGAUAGGUUUCGUCACAUAAUUAAAUAUGAUAAUACCCUCAAACGCUAUAAUGUUAACUUGCCCUUUAAAGAAGAUCAUCCUCCACUUAGUGAUAACUUCGAUUUAUGUAUCAAGCGUUUUAAAGAACAAUUACAGAACAGCAUUAUUGAACGAGUUAUUGAUAAAAACAAAUUUGAAAAAGUACAAUACCUACCGCACCAACCAGUUCUGAGAAAUGACAAAGUUACUUCUAAAGUCAGAAUUGUCUUCGAUGCAAGCAGUUCUGUUGAUGGCCCUUCAUUGAAUGACUGUCUCUACCCUGGACCAUCUUUAACCACAUCUUUAUAUGGAAUCCUCUUGCGUUUUCGUGCCCAAAAUAUUGCCUUUGUGGCAGACAUUAAAAAAGCCUUCUUGCAGAUUACACUAUCUCCUGAAGAUCGUGAUUACGUCCAAUUUUUGUGGCUCGAGAACAUUAACUCACUUAAUAAAGACAAUAUAUUUAGUUAA